UUCCCUUAAAAAACAUGGCUGCCUCGGGGCCCGGCACAUAGGUUAAUUCCCGGAAGUACCGCAACCAAUUCGUUCCCUCCUUCGCAAAAUCGGAAGAAAUUGACGGUGGCCGGCGGGGCCCAAACUUCCUUCGUUCCUCUCCGUUUCUCUCUCCCCGCCUCCUCCGGGAGACGAGCGCCAAACUCAAACUCUAUCUGGACCCGACCUCUUUCAGGCUAGUACGGAGGGCCGAGCCUGUUGGGCUUUUCCGCACACGGGCCGGGACAGUGGGCCAGUAUGAGCCAAGUUCUGUUCAAGCAACUAGUCCCGUUGCAGGUGAAAUGCAAAGACUGCGAAGAGAGGAGAGUAAGUGUUAGAGUGAGCAUUGAACUGCAAUCAGUUUCCAAUCCAGUUCACAGAAAGGACUUAGUUAUCCGUUUGACUGAUGACACGGAUCCAUUUUUUCUAUAUAAUCUUGUUAUAUCUGAAGAAGAUUUUCAAAGUUUAAAAUUCCAGCAAGGUCUUCUGGUAGACUUCUUAGCUUUCCCACAAAAAUUUAUAGAUCUUCUUCAGCAGUGUACUCAGGAAUACGCCAAAGAAAUUCCAAGGUUUUUGCUACAGUUAGUUUCUCCAGCAGCUAUUUUGGAUAACUCACCUGUAUUUUUAAAUGUGGUAGAAACAAAUCCUUUUAAGCAUCUUACACACCUCUCGCUAAAACUUUUACCUGGAAAUGAUGUGGAGAUAAAGAAAUUUCUAGCAGACUGUUUGAAAUGUAGCAAGGAAGAAAAAUUAUCAUUGACACAAUCACUAGAUGAUGUAACUGGACAACUGAACUUCACACAGAAGACAUUAUCAGAAAAAAUCCAGGAAUUAGAUAAGUUACGAAAUGAAUGGGCAUCACACACAGCAGCAUUGACAAAUAAGCACUCUCAGGAACUAACAAAUGAGAAGGAAAAAGCCUUACAGGCACAGGUUCAAUAUCAACAGCAGCAUGAGCAACAGAAAAAAGAUUUAGAAAUUCUCCAUCAACAGAACAUCCACCAGCUACAAAACAGACUGUCUGAGUUAGAGGCAGCUAAUAAAGACCUGACUGAGAGGAAAUAUAAAGGAGACUCCACUAUUAGAGAACUUAAAGCAAAACUUUCUGGUGUUGAAGAGGAGCUACAACGAACUAAGCAAGAAGUCCUCUCUUUGCGAAGAGAAAAUUCUACACUUGAUGCUGAAUGCCAUGAGAAAGAAAAACAGAUUAAUCAGCUACAAACAAAGGUGGCAGUUAUAGAACAGGAAAUCAAGGAUAAGGACCAGCUUGUCUUAAGAACAAAAGAAGCAUUUGAUACAAUCCAGGAACAGAAGGUGGCCUUAGAAGAAAAUGGGGAGAAAAAUCAAGUACAACUAGGAAAACUUGAAGCUACAAUAAAAUCAUUAUCAGCAGAACUUCUAAAGGCAAAUGAAAUUAUCAAGAAGUUACAAGGGGAUCUGAAAACUCUAAUGGGUAAGUUGAAAUUGAAGAAUACAGUUACUAUUCAGCAGGAAAAGCUCUUGGCUGAGAAGGAGGAAAAAUUACAAAAGGAGCAAAAGGAAUUACAAGAUGUUGGACAGUCUCUUCGACUUAAAGAGCAAGAGGUAUGCAAGUUACAAGAACAAUUAGAAGCUACAGUUCAAAAACUUGAAGAAAGCAAACAGCUUCUAAAAAAUAAUGAAAAAUUAAUCACGUGGUUAAACAAAGAACUAAAUGAAAAUCAGCUAGUGAGAAAGCAAGACACCUUGGGCCCUUCUGCUACUCCUCCUUCACACUCCAGCAACAACACCAUCAGAAGUGGAAUUUCUCCUAACUUGAAUGUGGUUGAUGGCAGACUGACUUACCCAACUUGUGGGAUUGGCUAUCCUGUCUCCUCUGCAUUUGCAUUCCAGAAUACUUUUCCUCAUUCGAUAUCUGCCAAAAAUACCAUCCACCCGAUUACAGGACCAAAGGUUCAGUUUAACUUGCAAUUUACAAAACCAAAUACAUCAGUAGGAGAUGUUCAGUCAGGAGCAACUUGCUCAGCUGAUAAGGAAAAUGGUGAAAAUUUAGGGCUGGAAUCCAAAUACCUGAAGAAAAGGGAAGAUAGCAUUCCUUUACGCGGACUCAGCCAGAAUCUGUUUAGUAAUUCAGACCAUCAGAAGGAGGGCACUCUGGGAGCACUGUCGACAGCCUCCAAACCCACAGUGCUCCCCUCCAUGUCUUCAGCGUAUUUCCCUGGGCAGUUACCAAACAGUUAAUUCUAGUGUCAUGGUUUACUUUUCAUUGAGAUUUUAGAAACUCGGGUGGUUUAAAAAUGUUAACAGAAAUCAAAUCCUGAACAAGUAUCAGAUUUUACUUCAACAACUGUUAGAUUGUUUGGAUUCUCUAUUUAAAGCACUGCUGUCAUUUAUGGCAAGUGUUUGUAGGAGCAAAUUUGUACUCAGGGAUUGGUAAAGAUUCUGAGUAAAUGACUUUUGGUUUGUCAAAAUGGUGUUUUAUAUAUAAUAGUAUGAAUUUUAUUAAGCUAAUAACCCUUAGAGAUUCAGUUCUAAGGGAAGAGUUGACCCUUAUAAGGGAUACCCUAAUCAUAUUGAAAAUCUGAGUAAAUUAAAACCUGCUCAGAAUGUAAUGUUAAUAGUGUGAAACCAAAGAAUGCUAAUAAUUCAUUUUCAUUGGUAAAAGUUGCCACCUGAAAUUAUGAGGGAAAGGGAUUCUUCUAAGACAUCUUAUAUAUUAAUGACAUUUACAUUAAAGGAAGAAGUCCUAAAUUUACCUUAAAUGACAGAAAUGAAUUAAGCCUGAACAGCAAGUAAAUGAGUAUUUUCUUUGAAAUAGUUAUUGAAUCAAUCUAUUAAAUAAAUUCGAUAUAUUUGUAAAAAUAAUUUGGACAGUGUAUUUAUAUGACCAGAUUAGCUGAAAAGAUUUUAGUGCUUCCUGAAAAGUUUUCACUUACCCAGUUUUUCUCAAUUUAGAUUUUUAUUAGUAAUGCAGUUAAAUCUGUAUCAGUGGAAUUUAAUUUUAAAAAUUAGCAAAAUAUAAAAUCUUUAAGAGCAUCAUGAAUUUUCAAUGUAAGUUUUUAUAUCAAAUCUUUGGUUGAUUUUAAUGUUAGUUAAUAAAGUAGGCAAAACAAAUAACUCUUAGAAGUUACAAUUUUCUUUUUGUCCUUAUAAGUAAAAGUUUAAAGAAAAUUAUUUCUUGGAGGGCGCCGGCCCCAUAUGCCGAGGGUGGCGGGUUCAAACCCAGCCCCGGCCAAACUGCAACAGAAAAUUAUUUCUUGGAAAAAUUAGGUGAUUUAAAAAAAAAACACCCAGAAUCAUGGAGCCCUGUUUUCUUACCGACAACCACCCAGAUACCCAGUAGCUUUCUCUUAUAUGCUCCAAAUCAAAUUUUGUUGAUGUUCAUGUGUUAAUUUAAAAAUUAUAUUCAAGUACUUUAUUACAGUUAAGGAAAAAGACAUUUUGAGACAUUAAUGACAUACUAACUGGGUUCCAUGGUAAGACAAAGAAUCUUUGCUAACAUUUUUUUAUGAAGCCACUAUCUGAGUCUUAUUCUUUAAAAUUGCUGAUAAUUGGGCGGCACCUGUGGCUCAACAAAUAGGGUGCCAGCCCUAUAUACUGGAAGUGGCUGGUUCAAACCUGGCCCCGGCCAAAAACUGCAACAAAAAAUAAAUAAAAUAAAUAAAAUUGCUGAUAAUUCAAAACUGUCUCGAACUAGGGAUCUCAUCUGAAAAUUCAGUUACUACUGUGAGGCAAUGACUCUCCCUCCCUCAUUUAGAUAGACUAUAUUAGUAAAGUAAGACUACUUAGAAUUACUUGAAAGCACUUACUGUUCUGGAAAGAAGCUUCUUGAUAUUGGAAUCUGGUUUGUUAUAAAUACUGUGUAAUAUGUGUAACACUUUAUGACAGGUUUGGAUGGAAUACAUGACAUAUAGAUAGCUCUUUUUUAAAAUACACAUAUCCCUUUCCAUAUAUACACAUGGAAAAUUAAAUUUCUGAAAAUAGGAUGAAUAUGAUUCUGAUACCAGCUUGCUGAAGGCUUCUUUUGUAUUAAAUGUAUAUAUACACAGGCCUUUCAAGUAUUCUUUGUUCUACCUCUUAAACCUUUAUUUGAAAUUGUUUUGCAGUGUAAAAUGUACAUGUGUUAAUAAUCAAAAUGUUGCAUUUAAUGUUAUUUCUAUAAACUGGGGGCUUUGUAAUAAAGUAUUAAAAUUUACUUUUGGAAUAUGACACAUAAAAAGUAUAUAAAAGAAAUACGAUUGAUGGCAACAUCUAUGCUUAAACAAUCAAGUACUUCUGGUUAACUUACAUACC